GAAGAAGAAGAAGAACCCAAGUGAAACAUGGUGGUUUUACUGAGCAGAUUAUCAAACACAGAUUGUUGUAAGGAGCCAAUGCAUUUUAAGUUUGGCCAACCAGAAGUGACUUUGUGGAUAGGAACUCAAGUUAAAGUGAGUGAGGGCGGAGUUUCUCAGGUGGUCUCCAGGCAGCAACCUCCAGGUCUGAGUGAUUAGGCCCAUGCUGAAGUGCAAAAAAAUGCAGUUCAUCGAAUGACUUCUUGAGAAAAUAUUGUCUCCAGACUCCCCUCCACAUUGACCCGUUCCAGUUCGCCUACCGGCUGACCCGCUCACUGAGGACGCCAUCUCCUCCGCUCUUCACCUGAGCCUGGCACAUGUGACAUCCGUUCCUGGACUUCACUUCAGCAUUCAACACAAUCAUCCUACACUAUCUGUUGGGAAAACUGGGACUAUUGGGCUUCAGCACCCCCCUGGGCAACUGACUGCUGGACUUCCUCACCAACAGACCUGUCAGUGCUGGUCGGACACCCCUCAGGGCUGUGUCCUGAGCCCUCUGCUGUUAACUCUGAUGACACACAACUGCGUCCUCAGGUUUGCCACAAAGUUUGCGGAUGACACAAAGGGGGUGGGCCUCAUCAGAGAUGACAAUAACCUGGACUUCAGAGAUGAGGUGGAGCAGCUGGUGGGCUGGUGCAGAGACAACAGACAACAUCCUGAACAUAGACAAGGUGAAGGAGACAGUCGUCGACUUCAGGAAGAAGCGACCCAGCCACACUGCACUGCUCAUCAACAGCUCAGCUGUGAAGGUGGUCAGCAGCACCAAGUUCCUGGGGGUGCACAUCACAGAUGACCUCACUGUGAACACCACGUCACUGGUCAAGAGGGCACUUCCGGCAUAGGAUGAGGAGAGCCCACCUGCCCCUGCCCAUCCUCAACACUAGGGCAGCACCAUAGAGAGCAUUCUGUGCAGCUGCCUCUCUGUGUAGUGUGGAGCCUGCAGCGCCUCCGACUGGAAGAACGAUCAGGACAGGGGAGAGGAUCAUUGGGACCCCUCUUCCUUCCAUUCAGGACAUCUCAUCACAGCGCUGCAUGUCCGAGCCCGUAACAUCAUCAGUGACCCCUCACACCAACACCAUGGACUGUUCUCCCUGCUGCCCUAUCUUUUUGUGUUUUUUUUUUUAUUACGGUUUAAAAUUCUGCUCAAUUAAGGGUGUUCCCGCUUUGAGUGGCAAGUGGUAGUCUGAGCUAACAAGUAGCGGAGAGUUGUUGUUAAGAGGGGGAACUGUCUACCCCACCUACCAGCUCAUGGAUCCUCGCAAACUCGGUUCCUCCUUGGUUUCGUAAUUGAACUGUAUCGGCGGAAGUAUUCCAAUGGGAUUAUUUUUCUAUGUGCGCCAAUUUAUGGAAAAGAGGACAUGAAACACUAAACAUAGUGAUAAUAAUUUAAACAAGAUCCCUCAGGCUAAAAAUAUCAUAUAAGUUUAAAGACUGAUGACCAAAGGAUUUUCUUUUAUUGGAAUUUGCAUUUUGCACUGUUGGAUCUUAAGAAAGUCCUAAGUAGAGCUGCAAAAAGAAGAAAUGUGAGCAAGAGACCAAAAAUUUUGAACAGGCAAUUUAUUGAAAACAACAAUUUAACUGAAAUAGGCUGUUCAUCAACUGAUUAAAAGUUUAAAGCCCUAUUUGCACAGGACUAGUUUUACUAGGGGACCUCCGGUAAUUUGUAAUAAUCAUGGAGGUUGAUCUUAAUCCCAUGCAAAUUGCCUGUGUCCGUGAUCUGUAAAGUAAAAAUUACCCCACAAAUUACGUACCUCGUACCGCAGAGGUCCUCUGAUAAUAAUCGAGUGCGAAUCGACAUCUCUGUAAUGUCUGGGAGUUUUUUCGAGACUUGUGUUUGAUUUGUUGCAUAUUUUUCUGCCUCUUGUCACUUGAGAAUUACAGAGGAUGUGCUAUAAUUCAAAGCUGUGAGAGCGCAACGUCAAGAUGUCACUUAACUAUUAACUUUAGACAGAUGAAAUCAAUAAAUCAACUGUCUGUAAAGGUAGGACUGAUCAGUCGCAGUGGUCUGAGGUGGAAAAUAGUGGAGCCACAACAACGGAAUUUGUUUAUCCCGAGGACUUCCGGUUUCAGCUUGAUGGAGUAGGCAGCAUAGGAGAAGAACUCCGACACAUAAACACUUAUUAAACAAGUUUAAACCUCCAUAUACCACAAAAACAGAGCAUAGCCUUAAUUGUUAUCCACUUAGCGACAAAACUCUUGCUAUGAAGAAGAGUUCACGCAGGGGGAAUCAACAAGGAACGCAGGUACAGAAAACGAUAACUCCAUUCACGCGAGGCAGCUCAGAAAUGGCCGACUGCGCAGCGGGGAAUACACCUGAAACCACGCUUUUCUCUGCGGAUGCUACAGACAUGUAGAGAAGCGGUGCUGGUCCAGAUAAAAGCUGAGAUCACAGCAUCGUUUAAAGAAAUUAAAACAGACAUUGGGUCUCUCCGCGAAGAGACAAAAGCCGAUAUACGGACCAUACGAGAUGAGCUGACCGGUGAGCUAGCACGACUCCAUUCGGCACAGGCUGAGACAGCCACCAAAUAUGAAGAGAUGGGCACCGCACUCUGCGAAACGAUGGAUAGACUGUGCCACAGCGUGGUGGAGGGUCUGUGUGGGCGGGAGCCUCCUCACAGAGAGGAUUACAUCACAACCUGGAGCCUGCAGGAGUGGCUGGAGCUGAUCAACUCCCUGACAGCCCUGUUCCGCCUCUCAGUAAUGAACAACAACUCAGAUGAAGAGGUGCUGGCAAAGUUGUCCGAUAUAAGCAGCAGCCACGCUGAGACGGUACUGAGUGUGCUGAGAACCAGACAGGAGGAGAUCAGGAGUACUCUACUGGACAGAACCAACUCCAUCUCAUCUUCUACGCUGCAAGACUUUGAUUGGCAGCUUAAGCCUAACACUUUUGCCGAGUGCAUUUUUGCCCAGCCAUCGUCACUUGGAGGAGCUGCUGUCCCCAUUUUAGAUAGAUAGAUAGAUCGCGGAAGGGAAAUAAGGUAAGACCAUUUAAUUACUUAUGAACAAAUUUGUUUCUGGACAAGUCGCUGUAGUACUUGACUAUUGUUUUGCUUUACAACAUUUCAAAUGUAUCAACUUUACUGUGCAGUAAGUCUGAAUGAAAUUGCAGUGAUUGUGUCACAUACCCUGAAGGAAAGCUUUCAUAUCACUCUGUUUAUACAUAUUACCUAUAUACCUUUUGACUAUAGCGCUCAACAUAAUUUAUCGUUCGUCAGACAACAAGACAGAUUUUAUUCGGACUUAAUAUUUCUUUAUUAUUUCUUUUAAUGAGUCUUAUUUUCAUCCGUCAUUUGUGCUGUGUUUGUUAGUGUUAUUGUAACUUCACCAAUAUUUUCUGUCCUGUUAACACGGUUAAACUGGCCAGUCAUAUUUUACUGCCAGUCAAUACGGUAAAAGCAUGGAACAAAAAUGUGUUAAUUUUGAAAUUCAUAACUACAAUGUCUUGUAAAGUGUGGUGCAUUCAUUUGAAGUGGAAAUAAUCUGUGGAUUUAGCAAGUUUCCUCUUUGUUGCUAUCUGAAUCACAACGAACAUAGUGAAAUUUACAUUUAGAAUGUUUUCAUUUUGAAUCAGUAGUUACAAGCUUUUGUAAUAAUGGCUGGUAUACAAACUUACAGAGACCAGAUAGAUCACGUUUUAAGAAGCGGAAGUGGCUUUGACUGCAUUGUGUCUGUGAAGGUUCUCAGUCAUCCAGGUCAUGGUAAUCAAAAAAGGCGUUGAAUAAGGUCAGCAGAACAUCACUAUCCCCUAUAUAGCUGAGGAGAAUUUUUGGAAAACACCGCAUCCCAGUUGGCAACACAAUAAGACAGAAACUGGUCCACCCCAAAGACAAAACACCUAGACAAAAACAGAGUAACGUAGUGUAUGCUGUUCAG